AUGGCUCGGUCCGCUGCUGCAUCGGCGUCCGCCGCCAAAUCGGGCACCGCUGACCCAAAGCGAAGCAAGAUGAAUCUGUUAGACGACAGCGAAUCCGACUCGGAUGAUGGAGGAGCCCAGUUGCAAGGAACGUCGUUCAAGGUCAACGAAGAGUACGCGAAGCGAUUCGAACACAACAAGAAGCGAGAGGAACGGCAAAAACUGGAAGACAAGUACAAGAAUGACACUCGCGAGGAAGACGACGACGACUCGUCCUCAUCGGACGAGACCGAAGACGAAGACGGUUUCCUCGCCACCGAGGACCUCGAUGUUCAAAUAUCCGCCACUCUGCACGCCCUUCGGACAAAGGACCCCCGUGUCUAUGACAAGGAGGUCACCUUCGUCAAGCUGCCCGACGACGACGGCCUGCCGGCGAAGACGGACAAGGCAGAGAAGCCUGUGUUUCUACGCGACUACCAGAGGGACAAGCUGCUGCGCGGCGACAUGGGCGGCGAGGAUGAAGAGGGGGACGCUCCCAAGACGUACUCGCAGGAGCAGGCUGCCCUGAAGAAGUCCAUCAUCUCCGAGUUCAAAGCUGCCAAGGGGACCGAUGGACCCGACGAUUCCGACUCCGACGACGAGUUCAUGAAGAGGAAAGAGCCCGUAAAGGCCGGCGCCGGCGGCGUUCAUCCCUCAAGAGCCAAAACCAUCAAGGCAUCCGAGCUGGAUGUUGCCAACGCCGACAAAGACCCGGAGACGUUCCUGUCCAACUUCAUGUCUGCCCGUGCCUGGGUCCCCGAAGAAGGCGGGAGAUGGGAGGCCUUCGAGUCGGACGAUGGGGAGCAAGACGACGUUGCCGAAGAGUGGGAGCACGCGUACAAUCUGCGCUUCGAGAAUCCCUCCAAGAGCAACGAGUUCCUCAAGUCAUACGCUCGAGACUUUGCCGCCGCACGAUCGGUCCGACGUGAGGAGAGGACUGGCCGAAAACGCCAGCGUGACCUGGAACGUGAGAAGAAGGACGAGGAACGACGCCAGAGGAACGAGGAGAAGGCCCGUCUACGAAAAUUGAAGCUCGAGGAGACGGAGGAAAAGCUCCGAAAGGUCAAGCAAGCCGCUGGCGUGGUUGGCAAGGAGCUUUCCGAGGAAGAGUGGAUGGCCUUCCUUGACGAGGGCUGGGAAAACGACAAGUGGGAGGAGGAGAUGCAGAAGCGGUUUGGCGAUGACUAUUAUGCCGUCGAAGAUGAUGUCGCUGCAUCCGAGGGUGAGGGCGGGAACGAUGACUCUGGCGGGGCCAAGGCGAAGAAGAAAGGGCCCAAGAAACCAAAGUGGAACGACGACAUCGACAUCAAGGACAUCAUUCCCGACUUUGAGGAUGCCGAUGCGGUCCCCGGCGUGACGCUCAGCGACGAAGGUGACGAGCUUGACGACGAGGGCGACGACGACGACGACGACGACGACGACGACGACGACGACGACGACGACUCUCGACCGACCAAGAAGCGCAAGACGGCAGAUCGCAAACGUGCCCGUCUCGAGUCGCAAAAGGCUGUCCGACAAGAACGCGCCAAGAUCGAAGCCCUCGUCGACUCGAAGCUCGAGCUCAACGACCACCAUCUGCUCAAGUCCAACGCUGGCGCCACCGCCUUCCGCUACCGCGAGACGUCGCCGCAGUCGUUCGGCAUGACGGCCCGCGACAUCUUGCUCGCGCCUUCGGAUGCGGCCCUCAACGAUUUCGUCGGCCUCAAGAAGCUCGCCUCCUUCCGCGACGAGGAGAAGAAGCGCAAGGAUAGGAAGCGCCUCGGCAAGAAGGCCCGCCUCCGCGAGUGGCGCAGGGGUGUCUUUGGGAAGGAGUAUGAGAAGGAGGGACCUUCGUACGGCUUCGAGAAGCUGCUUGCCGAGGAGCACGCUGCCGACACGUCGCUGGCACCGCAACAGCACGAUAGGAAGAAGAGGAGGGACAGGAAGGCAGACGAGGCGAAGGAACAGGACGGGAAUGUGGUGGGCGAGGUUGGCGGCUCGCGUAAAAAGAGAAAGAGAUCAUCGGGCAAGAGCCGUGCAGCCGCCGAUGCGGAAGCUUGA